GUAAAUAGCUUGCUCGAUCUUCAAGUACUUCAUUGCGGUCGGUUUCGAGUUGACCUUGCUCACUGCCAACAAUUGCAAGCAAGGUCCAUCGGAGCCUUGAACUCUAAACGCGGUUUAUACGGCAAAAUCGCUAGUACCUGGAGUCUAUCGUGCACGCCUCCUUUCAGAACACUAUACCGCCCGAGCCCUCCAUCCCUAUCCGUUGCAAACAAAUCUUCGCCGUCCAGCCAGGCCGAGGUCAACUCAGAGCAAGAUGUCGGAGGGAUCUUCGACAUCUGAUGGACCCAAGCCAAAAGUGACUUCUUCAGUGCACGAUAUCAAAGCCGAGAAACCGCCUUGGGGAUCCAGGUUCUUGACAGAUGAAGCCGACGUCUUCACUCACAACGCCUGGGACCACGUACCCCCACCAGAGGAUCAAGCAGAGAAGAUCGCCGCUUCCUUGGCGAUGCAGCAUUCAGCCCCAGUACCGGAAGACGAAAAGCACAAAUAUAAUGACAGACCAUCGCGACACUGGGAUAAUUUCUACAAGAACAACGAAAGUAAUUUCUUCAAGAACCGUAAAUGGUUGCAUACCGAGUUUCCGGAGCUCGUCCAGGCUCUGCAGCCGGAGGCAGGGCCUGUAACCAUUGCUGAGAUCGGGUGCGGCGCUGGAAAUGCCGUUUUUCCCCUUCUCAUGUCGAACAAGAAUCCUCAAUUAAUCAUCCGUGCACACGACUAUUCAUCGCACGCUGUCAAGCUGGUCCAGCACAACCCCCUCUACCUCGAUCCGCCAAUUGGUACCAUAUCAGCCUCGAAAUGGGACCUGACCUCCGAAACCCUUCCGGAAGGUAUCGAACCAGGGAGCGUAGAUAUCGCCAUCCUCGUGUUCGUCAUGAGCGCGUUGCAUCCUGACGAAUGGGGUCGUGCAGUUUCCAACAUACACAAGAUGCUCAAGCCUGGCGGGCUGCUCCUGUUCCGCGACUAUGGUAGGUACGACCUUGCGCAGCUGCGGUUCCGGAGCAAUCGGCUGCUGGACGAGAAUUUGUACAUCCGGGGCGACAAGACGAGAGUGUAUUUCUUUGAAAUAGGUACGCAUCUCCUUCUAUCGACAUCUCCUCUCCAACUCCCACACUGCCCGCCUCAUCCUCUAUUCGCGACGGAGCAGCUAGGCGUUGAUAGGCGUCUGCUGGUUAAUCGGAAACGUCAGCUGAAGAUGUAUAGGAUAUGGAUGCAAGGGAAGUUCAGGAAGUUGUAGAUAACGCUGUUCGUCUCGGACAGGCUUGUUGAAUUCGAAG